GCCGACUACACCGAGCAUCUUCUUGUUUCAUCUGAUCGUUAAAAAAGAAGAAAGCGGAGAGAGAGAGAUAAUUUGCGUGUCAUCCUUGUGCAAGGGGCCAUGCUAAUCUUCUCUGUAUCGUUCCAAUUUUAGUACAUGUACUGCCGGAGCAAAGAGAGAGAGAGAGGAGAGACGGGAGGAGGAGGAGAGAUGCAAAGGCAGAGAGAGCCGCGGAGUUGGAGUGGCUGGUGGUGGUGGUGGUGCAUGGUUAGUGGUGGCCGUGGUGUCGAGGCGUCGGUGGUGGUGGUGGUGGUGAGGGUGGGAGGCUAACCGAGACGUCGCGACGCCGAUUCCAGCUCGCGAGCGAUAACGGUGGCGAUUAUUAGAAACGCGGGCCUCCCCUAGAUCGACUCGGCCACAAAAAAACGAGUUCUUUAGCGCGGUUGCGUGAACAUCGCCACCGGGGAGACAAAGGCGGCCGGGCGGAGGUGCUGGCCACGUGCCCGAGCACCUCGCGACUUGCUCGCAGCACUUGCCCCAACGGUCCGUGGCAGGCUACACGGGGGAUCUUUGUCUUUGUGGUGGCAGUGGCGGAGGCAAAGGGUGAUGAGUUCGUCUCGCGACCACCACCACCACCACCACCACCUUUCUCCUGCAUGCUGGUGACGAGUAGGCGAACCACCGCCACCACCACCGCCACCGCCACCACCACCACCUUUCUCCUGCAUGCUGGUGACGAGUAGGCGAACCACCAUCAUCAUCAUGCCUGUUAUGAAGGGGCUCCUGGCUCCACAGAAUACCUUCCUUGAUACGAUCGCCACAAGAUUCGAUGGCACCCACAGCAACUUCGUGCUGGGCAACGCACAGGUCCCGCGCGAGUACCCCAUCGUGUACUGCUCGGACGGAUUCUGCGAGCUCAGCGGCUUCUCUCGCACCGAGGUGAUGCAGCGAGGCUGCGCUUGCCGCUUCCUGCACGGCCCACAGACGGCGGAAUACGCCGCGGGCCUCAUCCAGAAGGGGUUGAUGGAGCAGCGAGAGACCAAGGCCGAGAUGCUCUUCUACAAGAAGGACGGGUCGACGUUCUGGUGUCUGCUCGAUAUCGUCCCCAUCAAGAAUGAGAAACGGGAGGUGGUGCUCUUCCUUGCCUCCUUCAAGGACAUCACGGAGGCCAAGCUGCUGGCCGUGCCAGGGGAGAGGCCCCAUCCCGAAGACGCUAGCCGGCGGAAGAAGCGGCGGGCGGUUCGCCCGGCGUUCAUGUCAAGCCGGCGCAGAAGCCGCGCGGUGCUCUACCACCUGUCGGGCCACCUGCAGAACAAGGAGAGCAAAGGCAAGCUGAAGAUCAACAACAGGGUGCUACGCGAGCAGCUGGUGCUGCCGGAGUACAAGGUGGCGACGGUGCAGAAGUCCAGAUUCAUCUUGCUUCACUACGCCACCUUCAAGGCCGGCUGGGACUGGCUGACCUUGCUGGCGACAUUCUACGUGGCUCUCACGGUGCCCUACAACGUCUGCUUCGUGGGGAAGGAGGACAAGCCCGUGCCGUCACGCAUCACCAUCGUCAGCGACAUCGCCGUCGAAUUCCUCUUCAUCACGGACAUCAUCCUGAAUUUCCGCACCACGUUUGUCAGCAAGUCCGGCCAAGUGGUGUACGACUCACGGCUCAUCUGCAUGCACUACUCCACCACGUGGUUCUUCAUCGAUCUCAUCGCAGCCCUGCCCUUCGACCUUCUCUUCGCGCUCAACAUCACCGUGACGUCGCUGGUGCACCUGCUGAAGACGGUGCGUCUGCUGCGACUGCUGCGUCUCCGCCAGAAGCUGGAGCGCUACUCGCAGUACAGCGCCGUCGUGCUGGCGAUGCUCAUGUGCACGUUCGCACUGCUCGCCCACUGGAUGGCCUGCGUGUGGUUCGUCAUCGGACGCAAGGAGAUGGCAGCAAACGACCCGGAGACUUGGAACAUCGGCUGGCUGCACGAGCUGGGCAAGCGGCUGGACCGGCCGUACUACGCGAACAACACCCGCGGGGGACCCAACCUGCGCAGCGCCUACAUCGCGUCUCUCUACUUCGCGCUGAGCAGCCUCACCAGCGUCGGCUUCGGCAACGUGUCGGCAAACACGGACGCCGAGAAGAUCUUCUCCAUAUGCGCCAUGCUCACCGGGGCCCUCAUGCACGCCGUGGUGUUCGGCAACGUGACGGCAAUCAUCCAGAGGAUGUACUCUCGUUGGUCUCUCUACCACACCAAGACCAAGGACCUCAAGGACUUCAUCCGCAUCCACCGACUGCCUAAGCAGCUUAAGCAGCGCAUGCUCGAGUACUUCCAGACCACGUGGGCCCUCAACAACGGCAUCGACACGCACGAGCUGCUGCGUUACUUCCCGGAGGAACUGCAGGCCGACGUGGCGCUGCACCUCAACAAGGAGAUGCUGCGGCUGCCACUCUUCCAGUCGGCGUCACGCGGCUGCCUGCGCUCACUCUCGCUGCGCGUCAAGCCAUCGUUCUGCGUGCCCGGGGAGGUGCUGCUCCGGCAAGGCGACGCUCUGCAGGCCCUCUACUUCGUGUGCUCUGGCUCCAUGGAGGUGCUCAAGGACGGCACGGUACUCGCCAUCCUCGGGAAGGGAGACCUCAUCGGCUCGGACCUGACCGUCAUUGAGGAGGUGGUGAAGACCAACGCCGACGUGAAGGCCCUCACGUACUGCGCCCUUCAGUGCAUCGGCCUUCGGGGCCUCUACAACGUCCUGUCGCUCUAUCCCGAGUAUGCGUGCCACUUCCUCAGGGACCUGCAGAACGACCUCACCUAUAACCUGCGGCUCGGGCACUUCCAGCCGUUGAUGUGGAUGUGA